GAACUAACUUUAAUUGAGCGACACUAAGUAGCACACUGGGGAAGUGCAUCGAAGCCCGAGCGAGGGUAAACUUGGAGCUAAAAACAGACUAAUAUGAGACGUUUCUGUGCUUGAACUGGUCAUUUCCUAGCUUUAACACAGAAAGAUUCAGACUGUCAGAAUCACUGUCACUACUACUAUCAGGCCCAGGCAGGUGAGGUGAAUAUAGUGCAAGAUGCAGGGAAACAGUUUGUUCAGGAAGCUCACGGCUUUUGCAAAGUUUGACAUGAAGAGGUUUGGUGGUGACGCUGAUCUGGUCAAAGUUAACAGGCCUAAGCAAGACUUGAAUGGAGCAGCGGCUGUAGAGAACUCUGUUGCUCAAAAGGAGCUGGGUCAGCAAGAAAAGGCGGGUUCUGAGAGUGAAGGGAAGAGGAAGAAAAAGAAAAAGCAGAAAAAGAAGACAGCGGCGCAGUUAGCACUACGCCGUGAGGAAGAGUUGAAUCAUCUAAGAAACAAACAUCACAUCCACGCCAAUGGCACAGAUGUCCCUCCUCCCCUGGCCAGCUUCCAAGAGUUACAGGACACAUAUGGUGUCAGUGAGGUUAUUCUGAGGAAUGUUCUGGCUCAAGGAUAUGCGGAACCCACAGGCAUUCAGCGCCAGGCUGUACCUCUGAUGCUCCAAGGUCGAGAUACCAUGGCGUGUGCUCCGACUGGCUCUGGCAAAACAGCAGCAUUUAUUGUACCCGUACUCCAUGACCUCAGUCAGCUGAUGGGAGAAGAGAAUGGGGAAGAAAACCGAGGCCCAAGGGCUCUUAUUUUGGUUCCCACGAGGGAGCUGGCAAAACAGUCCCAACGUGAGUUCCGUAAACUCUCCAAAGGCCUUGGUCUCAAAAUCUGCGUGGUCGAAAAAGAGCAGACAAUGGCCAAAAAGUGCCAGCAGCAGUUUGACAUUUUGGUGACUACUCCGAAUCGGCUGAUCUAUAUGCUCAAAAACGAGCUGCCGCUGGUCACUGUGAGUAAUCUUCGCUGGCUUGUGGUGGAUGAAUGUGACAAAAUGUUUGAGGCCGGGAAACAAGGCUUUCGGGACCAGCUCGGGACCAUCUACCAGGCGUGUUCCAAUCCCAACCUUCGUCGGGCCCUGUUCAGUGCUACGUUUGCUCAGGAUGUAGAGGAGUGGUGCAAGCUGAAUUUGGACAAUGUAGUGCAAGUGCAUAUUGGGGCGAAGAAUACUGCCACAAAUACUGUUCUUCAAGAACUUGUUUUCACUGGGGAUGAGUAUGGAAAACUUCUCGCCUUUCGCAAUCUCAUCAAAGAGGGGAUGACACCGCCAGUUCUUGUGUUCGUUCAGUCAAAGGAUAGAGCCAAACAGUUGUAUACUGAGCUCAUGUAUGAAAACAUUCGCAUUGACGUCAUGCAUGCAGACCGUCCUCAGGGUCAACGUGAUGAGGUGGUGAAAAACUUCCGCCUGGGUCUGAUCUGGGUUCUGGUAUGCACCGAGCUCAUGGGACGCGGCAUUGACUUCAAAGGGGUGAACCUGGUGGUCAACUACGAUUUCCCAACCAGUGCCAUCAGCUACAUCCAUCGUGUCGGCCGCACUGGACGAGCGGGGAAGAAAGGAAGAGCUGUGACAUUCUUCACAGAGAACGAUAAGCCUCUUCUGCGAAAUAUCGCGGGAAUGAUCCGGCAGGCCGGUUGCCCCGUUCCCGAGUAUAUGACAGCCAUGAAGAGGCCUGGGAAGAAGGAGCGCCGCAACUUGGCUCAGAACGUGCCGGAGAGAAAGUCCAUCCUGACCAUGGACGUUCGUGACCAGGAGAGGUUGAAGAGAAAGAGGAAAUUGGUGCACAAGCAGAGCAAAGACAGGAAGAAAAUGAAAUUGUCGGCCAAACCGGCAUCCCAGAACCAGAAGUGAUUUGUUGAUUUUUAAAACAUAUUAUAUUCCUGUUAAGCCGUUAAAAAUUCUAUAAAAUUCAAUGCAAACUAGGAGAAUUUAUGUAUGUAGUCAAACUCAAACCACUGGUCCAGAGUCUGUUACAUAGUUGUUAAUUUUUGUUUGUUUGUAAUGACAAGUUUUCAGAGUAGCCAAAUGUGGGUUUU